GACACACAACGUCAUCCAAUAAGAAACUUCCACGUCAUCAAGUCUCCGCGUGGAAGAAGUAUAAUUUCCAGGUGCAGUGUCGCGCACGCGCGGUGUGAGAACGGAGGAAAACCAAACGGCACACACAACAUUUCUCAUAGUUCGAUUAAAAGAAAAAACCCAAUUUUGCUAACAUAAGCCGGCCCCCUUUUUCCUCUCAUCGGAGCUCCGGCGCCGCUUAGAAGCUUCAAUCGUGGCUCCUACCGCUUCGCAGCAUCCACAGAGCAACCUCACCCGUAGAAAAUCAACACCGGCGUCCGCCUCCUCCCCCACCCCCGCACCGGGUCCGACCCGAAUAGUGUACAGGCACUCCGUCGGCCACUCGUCGGAUUUCGAUUCGGAAGUGCCGUUUUGGCAGAAGACUUGGUUCGUAGUGCUGUUGCUGGUAAUGGCCGUGUCCUUUUUCGCGCUGGCAAUUUUCCUGCUGCUAACACUCGACUCCGAUUAUGCGGCGGCGCCUGUCGCCGCCGCGUCGGAAGGCGUUCAGAUAACAUAUGGAUCUGUAAUUAAGCUGAUGCACGAGAGGACAAAAUAUCGGCUGCACUCGCAUGAUGUUCCUUAUGGCUCAGGCAGUGGCCAGCAGUCUGUUACUGGUUUCCCAAAUGUUGAUGAUGCUAAUAGCUAUUGGAUUGUCAGAUCUACAAAGGAUUCUUUGGCAAAGCAAGGUGACACGAUAAAAGGUGGAACCGUUAUUAGGUUGCAACAUAUGAGGACUAGGAAGUGGUUGCACAGCCACUUGCACGCAUCUCCCAUAUCUAGCAAUUUGGAGGUGAGUUGCUUCGGCAGUGAUGGAGAGUCCGACACUGGGGAUUACUGGAGACUUGAAAUCGAGGGAAAUGGAAAGACUUGGAGACAAGAUCAAAGGGUGAGGCUUCAUCAUGUAGAUACUGGUGGAUACCUUCACAGCCACGACAAGAAAUAUACACGUAUAGCUGGGGGUCAACAAGAGGUUUGCGGUGUUAGGGAAAAACGAGCUGAUAAUGUUUGGUUGGCAGCAGAGGGUGUGUAUCUUCCGACAGCUGAAGGUAAAAAGUGAAGCUGCGUAAUCUACGAUGUACCAUAAUCACAACUAAAUCGUAGUACAUAUGUUUACUUCUAUCGUUUACUGUUUUUUUUUCACCUUCUUCCAACCGCUGAUGUGUAAUAUAGAUGUUCGUGUCACCGAGUGCUGAAGCGUUGAAAUAGUUUCAACAAUAUUAUCGUGUUAUUCUCGUACCAGAAUUCUGUUGUUAGUAUUAAUUUAGAAACUUCGAUCAAGUUAUCACAUCGGAGUUCACCAAUAGUUUGAACUUUUGUUGAAAAUCAUCUUAGACUUAGUUAACGAAAUAUUUUAGUUAGGGUAAAAAAUAAACACUAGAAAAAACACGAACACAAAAUAUCAAAUUCGUCGUUAAUUUAAUAUACCAACAAACAGGCACUUAAAUCAGAUAAUCCAACGACUGAAUGGUCCAUCAACAAGAUCAAAAAUUUCGCAU